AUGUUUGAGGAGUAGGAUGACGAUGGCUUCGUGUUUUUGAAAUAGACAAUCCGGUAAUUUUGAAGUUGGAAGCUGUCAUCUAAUUCUUUGUGAUUUUUUACUAAAAUAAUGACGGGACCCGACGACAUAUUUGUGGAAUCUUCCCAGAUCGAGGAAACACCGCAAAGUGACCAUAUGCGAAUACUGGUUGCUACUGAUUUGCAUAUAGGAUUUGCGGAGAAAGUUUUGGGCCGCGAUGAGGAUUCAAUACGAACGUUUGAAGAAAUUCUACAAAUUGCUAGCAAAGAAGAAGUUGAUUUCGUUUUGCUAGGUGGUGACUUAUACCAUGAAAAUAAUCCAUCUCGUGAAAUGCAACACCGCGUGACGCGACUGCUUCGUCGAUAUUGCCUAAAUGAUCGCCCCGUGGCUGUUCGCUUUUUGAGUGAUCCAACUGUAAAUUUUGCACACAGUGCUUUCGGCAAUGUAAAUUACGAGGAUAGGAACAUUAAUGUUGGUUUACCAAUAUUCACAAUACAUGGAAAUCACGAUGAUCUUACUGGAAAGGGUUUGACAGCGCUGGACGUGUUGCAUGAAUCAGGCCUUCUCAACUUGUUUGGCAAAUUUGAAGAAAUUGACCAGUUUGUUAUUUCACCGAUACUUCUGGUGAAAGGAAAAACGAAAUUAGCACUGUAUGGCAUUGGCAGUCAGCGGGAUGAUCGCUUAUGUAGAGCUUUCCGAGAGGAGGAAAUUCGAUUUUUACGCCCCAAAGAAGACACUGAAACAUGGUUCAAUAUGCUUGUAUUACAUCAAAAUCGACCAAUGCGAACACGUGAACGGUCAACUGGUGGACAUUUACCCGAAAAUCUUAUCCCUUCAUUUUUUGACCUCGUUAUUUGGGGACACGAGCAUGAAUGUAAAAUUGAUCCACAAUAUUAUGAAAGUGGCGUUAAUGAUUGCGGUGAUGGUUUCUACAUAAUCCAACCAGGUAGCACUGUAGCUACUGCGCUUUCACCAGAGGAAGCUAAGCCGAAACAUGUUGCUCUUAUCACAAUUAGUGGACGCAAAUUCUUUUCCCAAAAAAUAGCUCUGGAAACACCUCGGCAGAUGCUUUUUGCUGAUUUAACAAUUACUGUCAAACCACCUUCCACUGCAUCAAAAAAUAGCCGGUCAAAAAAUAUGCCUGAUGAAAAAUUGAUAGCGGCAGAAGUAGAGAAAAUGUUAGCAGAAGCUGAAAAGGCAAAAACAGCCAGGCAAGCUUAUCCUCCGUUAUUACGCCUUCGAGUAACUUAUCCGGAAUCAUGGGCCAAUAUUAUGAAAUUAAAUUCUCGACAAUUUGGUGCUGCAUAUACAAAACGAGUAGCAAAUCCAUCAGAUAUGAUAACUGUUAAAAUAAUAAAAGCAAAAAAAGAAGGGAAUAGAAAAGAAGACGGUUUCAAGGCUGGCACAAAUAUGGAAAGAGCAACAACCGUUGAAGAAAUUAUCAACGCUCAUUUUGCUGCACAGGAUAAUGACACACUUAUGGUACUCGAUACAGAAACACUGAAUGAUGUUGUAAAAUUUCAAGUUGAACAGGAAGAUGGAAAAAGAGUUAAAAAUAAGCCACUUAUUGAAAAUUUGCAUGUUAAAAAAAAGAAGUUAAUUGAUGCUCUUUGUAAAGUUUCAUACGAAGAUUUUCUCUCCUUCGAUAAAAUCCCAAGCCAUCAGUUUUUGGAGCAGUUCGAGGAAUUAAUAAAUUUGGAUAUCAAAAAGGUCCAGAGUGUUAAUAUUCAAGGAAUGAAAAGUACUGAGUGAUAGUGAACGAUGUAUUUGUUAUUUGUUCAUAAUAGUUGAAAUGUUUCGUAAUGGUUAAUGCCCUGUGUAAAUGUAAUGAAUGUUGGGAAU